ACCAGCCUGAAGUAUUAUGGGAUGCAUUUGCUCUAAAGGAACUGCAGAAGAAGAAGUUAAUGACCAAUAUGAGAAACCAAAAGAGAAUUGGAACAAAACAACGUCCUCAGUUCAGUUGAUUGCACCUGUAACUUCCAAGAAAGAUGAUUUUUCACUUAAAUCCGCGGAUGAGAGCUCCCGUGGACGCAAAACCGAAGGGUUGGCGCAAAAACCUUCCGCUAGAGCCAGCGGGUUGAUUGUUCCUGUAGAUGAUAGUGAUGGUAAAACAGUAAUUGUUGAGAGACCAACGAGGUGUCACAGGAGAUGUUCAACUGCAGAAAUUGGGACAGGAGGAGGAGGAUUCAAUAUUUUUCAACCGUGUAAUAAUAUCUCCACAAGUGUUCCACAGAGCCCUGAGGCCGAGCUUAUUGCAGCUGGAUGGCCUUCUUGGUUAACCUCUGUUGCAGGUGAAGCUAUCAAAGGUUGGGUUCCACGAGGUGCAGAGUCUUUUGAGAAGCUGGACAAAAUUGGACAAGGGACUUACAGCAGUGUGUACAGAGCUCGGGACCUUGUGACCGGUAAAAUGGUAGCCAUGAAGAAGGUCAGGUUCGUUAAUAUGGAUCCGGAAAGUGUGAGAUUCAUGGCCCGAGAAAUCCACAUCUUGCGCAAACUCGACCAUCCAAAUGUUAUGAAGCUUGAGUGCCUUGUGACCUCAAAACUCUCUGGUAGCUUGUACCUUGUGUUUGAGUACAUGGAGCAUGACCUUUCAGGUCUCGCUCUUAGACCCGGUGUAAAAUUCACUGAGUCUCAGAUCAAAUGUUACAUGAAGCAACUUCUUAGCGGGCUUGAACACUGCCAUAGCCGUGGAAUCCUCCACCGCGACAUUAAGGGUUCAAAUCUCUUGGUAAACAAUGAUGGAGUCCUCAAGAUUGGAGAUUUUGGUCUUGCAAAUAUCUAUCAUCCAGAGCAAGAUCAACCCUUAACGAGCCGUGUAGUAACCUUGUGGUACAGGGCCCCUGAACUUCUACUGGGAGCAACAGAAUAUGGACCCGGGAUAGAUCUGUGGAGUGUUGGUUGCAUUCUUACAGAACUGUUUUUAGGGAAACCAAUCAUGCCAGGAAGAACAGAGGUGGAACAAAUGCAUAAGAUCUUCAAGUUGUGUGGUUCACCAUGCAAUGAUUACUGGCAAAAGACAAAGCUACCACUUGCGACAAGUUUCAAGCCACAACAACCUUAUAAGCGUGUCCUUCUAGAGACUUUCAAGAAUUUGCCAUCUUCUGCUCUAGCUCUUGUUGACAAGCUUCUAUCCUUAGAACCAGAGAAGCGGGGCACAGCUUCUUCGACGCUAAGUAGCAAGUUCUUCACAAUGGAACCACUCCCUUGUGAUGUAUCAAGUUUGCCCAAGUAUCCUCCAAGCAAGGAACUUGAUGCAAAGGUCCGUGAUGAAGAAGCAAGAAGGAAAAAGGCUGAAACUGUGAAGGGUCGUGGACCUGAAUCUGUGAGACGGGGUUCGAGAGACUUCAAGAGUACCACUACAACACCGGAGUUUGUUGCUUCAGGGAAGCCAAAGGAUACAAUAAUCACUCGGAGGUUCAAUCCUCAGGAAGAUAGUAGAACCGGCUUGAGGGGAGAGAUGGGAAGAGGAGACAGAGAUAAAGGCUUUUCUCAUACCAAUUCAAUGAUUCAUCCAAGCAUAGCAGCAACAUGGAGUAAAAACGAGAGCUCUAGGCACAAUGUAGUUGAGCUGAAGGCUACCAGAUCUAGCAACGUGCCCAUGAAUGGGAGAUACUUGUCUCCUUCACAUAAAGAUGAUGCAGCCAUAGAACCCACAACGACAUAUGUACGCAAGAAGAAUAGAAUGCACUGUUCGGGUCCAUUGAUGCCUCCCGGAGGAAACAUUGAGGACAUUCUGAAAGACCAUGAGAGGCAAAUCCAAGAAGCUGUAAGGAAAUCACGACUUGAGAAAUCUGCAACAAAGAAAAAUAACAGAACAUUUGCAAAGUAGAAGAAGACAUGGAUAAAAAUUUGCUAACACCCAAAACAAGAAAGAACAUUACCUGAACU